AUGGCUCGUUUACUCUCAAGCUCUUCUGCUCAACGAUUCUAUACAUUGAUCACAUAUGGCAUGAUGGGACUAGGUCUGGGAUGCGUCGUCUACUUUUUGCUCUUCAACACACCGUCGACGGCGGUGCGUACAGCGUCGUCAUAUCAUGAUGAUGCUGGGGUAUUGCGAUAUGUCAAUCCCAAGAUCGGGACGUAUGGCGUUACACCGAAUGGCAAUGGAGGCAUGAUCCCGAGUGUCUCUACGCCUUUUGGCAUGACGAGAUGGACACCUCAAACGAGAGAAAACUUCAUAUCCCAAUGCCCCUACGAUGACCUCGACUCUCAUAUCCAUGGAUUCCAAGCCACUCACCAACCUGCUAUUUGGAUGGGCGAAUCCGGCCAAGUCGUCCUCUCUCCAGGCGUCGGUCAAGUCCAGCCACUCUUCACAGAUCGCGCCCAUCGCUUCAGCAAGAGUGAUGAGCGCAGCACGCCGUAUGUCUACGAAGUUACCAUGGAAGCGGCUACGAUUGAAGCAGAUCAUAAUUUGACUGAGAGUAUUUACUCCCCCGUCCCUGGCGGCGCACAAUCAGUUCCGGAUGUUGUGAGGGAGGGUGCGAAUGGACGGACGAAGCGGAGUGCGGAGCCUACAGCUGCCGCGGUGCCGGAGUUUUCCGUUCUGCCGAGUGGGGAUGUGGCGGCGAGUAUGAGGAGGAAUGAGAUCAAAGUUGCUAUGACUGCGUCAGCGCAUGUGGGGCAUUUGAGGUUCGAUUUCGAUGAGAGACAGGAUCCGUAUGUGUUUGUGCAGGCUACGAGGAAGAAUUGGACGGGGCAUGUGGAGAUUGAUCCUGCGAGGAGGGAGGUGAGUGGAAGUAACAGUCAGAGGCAGGAUUAUCUGCUGGGGCCAUUGGAGGCGGCCGGGUUUCGUGGGUAUUUUGUGAGUAGGUUUUCGGAGGGGUUUGAGACGUAUGGGAUUGCGAGGGGAGCGGAGUUGGAGAAGGGAGCGGUGCAGGGUGAGGGAGAAGAGCUGGGAGCGUAUGUGACGUUCAAGGGGUGUAAGAGGGUGGAGGUGAGGACGGGUGUGAGUUUCGUGAGUGUUGAACAAGCGAGGCGGAAUCUGGAUAUUGAGGCGCCGAAGUCUUCGAGUUUCGAUCAGGCGGUGGAAAAUGUGAAGGAGGCGUGGCUGGAGAAGCUGGGCCGUGUCACGAUUGAAGGUGUCAACAAGACUGAUGCAGACCAUGAUCCGAGGACGAUAUUCUACACGGGCCUGUUCCAUGCUCUGCAGUAUCCGUCCGACUUCUCAGAACCCAUGACCGAGGACCCAGAUGGUCUACGUACCUACUACAGUGGCUACACAGACAACGUGCAUGCCUCCAAAGACUCCUACUACCAAUCCUGGUCCAUUUGGGACACCUUCCGCGCCGAACACAGCCUCCUAACCAUGUUCGCUCCAGAACGAGUCAAUGGCAUGAUGCGCUCCCUCCUGCAAAUCUACGACUGGGCAGGCCGCCUCCCAAUGUGGGCAAACAUGGUUGAAACCAACAUCAUGAUCGGCACACACGUCGACGCAGUCCUGGCCAAUGCUCUAUCGCGCAACUUCACGUCCUUCAAUAUCUCGAAGGCCUGGGAGGCAGUCGAGAAAAAUGCCUACGAACCACCCAUAGACGACACAAAACUCCUCUACUACGACCGUCAAGGCCAUAACCUCCCUGACGAAGUCCGUGCCGGUCUCACGACAUACCUAGAAAAAGGCUACGUCGCGAAUGAUCGCUGGUCUGAAUCCGCCUCCAGAACUCUAGACUACGCCUUCGACGACCACGCAGCCGCUAUUGUCGCCACGCAUGCUGGUGACAUCACUGCAUCAGUCGAGCUCCGCACCCGUAGCAAGAACUACCACACCCUCUACAACCACAACACAACUUUCAUGGAAGCCCGUAACGACAAUGGCACCUGGGCCGGUCGAGACCAAGGUUGGGCUGAGGGAGAUGAUUGGAUCUAUACCUUCGCGGUCCCUCAUGAUCCACAAGGGCUUGCGGAACUGAUGGGUGGGAGGGAGAAAAUGAAAACGAAGCUGGACGAGUACUUUGAUGGUGGGUAUAAUGAUCAUUCGAAUGAGCCAUCCCAUCACGCACCGUACAUGUACGCCGCAAUCGGCUAUCCUGCCGCCACGCAGAAGUUAGUGCGGGAGAUUGCGUGGAAGGAAUAUAACGCCACCUCCGCAGGUCUCAGUGGAAACGAGGAUUUGGGACAAAUGAGUGCGUGGUAUAUUUUCACCGCCUUAGGUUUCUAUCCCGUUGACCCAGCCGGCGAUGAGUAUAUCAUCGGGAGCCCUUUCUUCGAGAAGGUGACAAUCAAAUUUCCUAAAGGCGCUGGGACGGGAGGUAUUGGCGGGAAGGAGAGGACCUUGGUUAUUGAGGCGCCGGGCGCAACUACGAAGCCGUAUGUGAAGGGGGUAAGGGUGGACGGGAAGCUUUUGGACAAGCCAUUGUUGAGGCAUGGGGAGAUUGUUGGGGCGGGGAGCAUUGUGCUUGUCAUGAGUGACAGGCCUCAGGAAUGGGGAGGGGUGUAG